AUGAUCAAGUUUGUGAAGGCACUUCUGGCUGGUCUUCGUGGUGGCCACUCCGCUCAGGCUCUUGCUGAGCGCGCGGUGCGCGAAACGAAGCCCACCAUGACUGCUCAGGUCUUCCGUUCCCCCCCCGCUGCUUCCACGACUACCCCUAAGCAGUGGGGAUGGACGGAGAUCGACACACUCGGCCACUUGAUGACCGACUUUACCGACAUGUCGCCAGCGGAGCCCGACCACGACAUGUUCGACAACUUCGGUCAAGAGUGGAACAACGACGACCCCAGCGACGACUUCGGCAUUUUUUACGACAACGGCUGGGGUUUCUACUCCGACGUCUUGACCGAAGACGACAACAACGACUACCCGACCGACUCCGACACGGACGAGUCGACCUCCGGCACUUCGUCCUUCGGCAGCUCGGCUACCGGCACCUCGACCUCGACUUCGACCUCCGCCACGACAACCUCUGGAGGAAGGAGCGAUGUCCCGGUGACACUCGCAUCCCUCGGUGCCGUGAACUCGGCAUUUGAGGAGUGGGGAAUGAACUUCCCCAAGCCCGAGAUCGUGUCGCUUGUUCCGGAAGCCGUGGACGAGUUUGUUGGACUUUUUGUCGAGCGCUCGGCUCACUGGCCUAUGGACAACGUCGACAGCGGUGACGAGGGAGGAGACGAGGACGACGAUCAGGAUUCGUUCUCGCUCGCAAUCCCUACCCAGCCCUUUGAUGAGGACAUGGUCACUCGUGACCUAGGCCUGGGGCUUUGGGACGUCCCGUCGGUCUAA